AUGCGGCCCAAGACGAAAUUCCGGGCGUGCUACGAGCGGCUGUUGGCCGGCGAGCAGCCCUGGGACGCGUCGGAUGCGCGCGGCGUGAGCGCCAAGGCGAUGGGCAAGGCGAACGCCGCGCCGCGCACGCAGUUCUACAUGGACCUGCUGUGCCUCCCGGUGGAGCGCGACGCGGUGCUUGCGCUCGUCGCCCCGGCGGAUCUGCUCGACGAGCGCGCGGCGCUUGCGCGCGAAAACAUCACGGGGCUCUGGAAAGAGGCGCUGCGCACAUUUGCCGAGGACAAGGACGACGAGCUGCGCCGCGCCAACGCGCUCGAGACGCUGCUCGCGCUCGCGUGUGCGCUGCUGCCGAAAGCCUAUACCAACUACACGCUCGACGUGAUUACGCUGCUGGCCGGCCGCAUGUCGGACGCGGACGAAAUGUUCUAUGCGCUGGUCGCGGCAAUCGACGACGCGCUGCGCGAGGCGCCGCAGGGCGGAAGCGCGCUCCAGCCGCACACGGUGCAGCUCGCGCUAGUGUGCAUUGCGUACAUGGGCAACACGUCGCUCGCGACCUACUUUCUGCACCGCGACCUCUUUUCGAGCGCGAUGCACGUCGUCCACACUAAUACCUCGGUCGACGUGAUUUCCGAGACGGCGCUGCUGGUGAGCCUCUUGUCGACCGCCGGGCAGACGCACGGCGUCGCGAACGCGACGGGCCUCACGCUCGAUCCCGUGUCGUCGGCGGUCAUGAGCAACGCGGGCUUCCAGCCGUACCACCGCAAGCUGCGCGACUAUGCCGACUCGGUCGAUAUGGCGCGUAUUGCGCACGCGCUCUCGGUGCAGUUUGCGCGCACCUUGGACAUGUACCGCGCGGCGCCCGAGGCGCGCGCGGCGCCGUCGAGUGCCUGGCUCCUGUGGGGCGCCGCCGAGCAAGACGAGGCGCCGCGGCCGCUGCCGCCGCCCCGCGCGCUCUUCCUUCUGUGCGUCUGGCUGCUGGUGCACACCUCGGACGCGUUUGUGCUCGGGAUGCUUGCGCCGCCGACUGGCGAGCCGCUGGUCGUGACCUUCUUUUCGCUCGCGUCCUAUGUACUGACGCAUGCGUCGAGCAGUGCGCGGGCGUCGACCUAUGCGCACACCGUCCUGCAGAUCAUUGUCGCUUUCCUUGGGCCCGCGGACGGCACGGAGAAUGCGGCGGUGCGCGAGCGCCUCCUCUGCGACGAGGUGCAGCGCAACGAGGACGCGGUCGAGCGCGGCAAGGCCGAUCCCGGCGUGCUCGUCGACCGCGUGGACUUGUGCCGCCAGAAAGCGAAUCCGCUCCCUCUUCCGCCCCAGGACGGGACAAAGCGGCGGCGGCGGCUCGUCGUGCUUGUCCUCGACAAUGCUGCGCUCUUUUUCAAGUACAACCGCAGCAAGCGGCUCGACGCGCCGGCGUUUGUCACCGCGCUGACGGCCGUCCAGCGCACCGCGAUGCUCUGUGCGCAGCAGCACGUCCUGCUCGAGUACGACUGGCUCGAGCUGUGGCGUGCAAUGCUCGGCGUCGCCUCGUUCCUUGCCCAGCGGCACGAGGAGCUGGUCGGGAGCGACGUGCAGCUCGUCGCCACGUCGCUCCUCGAGACGCUUGCAGUGGCGCUCGUGUACUCGGACCGCUUUUUGCAGACGCCUGCCGAGACGCACCUGCUCGUCUACGAGCUGGCUCGCAACGCCGAGGCCCUCCAAAAGGUCGCGGGGCUGCUGCCUCCCCGCCGCGGCAAGGUCAACGUGCACUGGGCGCUCCUCCAGGACAUUCUGCACGCGAUCGACGCCAAGAUCGCCGCGUGGCGCGAGCGGCCGUCGGGCGCGUCGUACUUCUUUUCGCGCACGGCCAACAAGCCGCCGAGCACGCAGACAGUGAUGCGCAUCAUCCAGGAAAUGGACCUGAACGCGCUGCUGGGCAACGACGCACCGGCCUGCGCCGCAAUCCUCCGCACGGCCCAGAGCCGACCGCGCGACGGACGCCGCGGCGCGCCGUCGUCGGGCACGCCGAGCCCGAGCGCGGCGCUGCUGCGGUGCCUCCAGCAGGAUCUGCUGGCACAGCUUAGCUAG